AUGUCGGUGUGCGUGCGGGCCGUGGUGCGGGUGCUGGUGCUGCAGGCGGCCUGGGCGCUGGGCGGCGGGCAGGUGCGCUACUCGGUGCCGGAGGAAGCCAAGGGCGGCACGGUGGUGGGGCGGCUGGCGCAGGACCUGGGCCUGGAGGCGGGCGAGGCGGAGGCGCGGCGGCUGCGGCUGGUGUCGCAGGGCCGGCGGGCGAGCGUGGAGGUGAGCGGGGCGAGCGGGGCGCUGGUGGUGAGCUCGCGGCUGGACCGGGAGGAGCUGUGCGGGAAGAGCGCGCCCUGCGCCCUGCGCCUGGAGGUGCUGCUGGAGCGGCCGCUGCGCGUCUUCCACGUGGAGGUGGAGGUCACCGACAUCAACGACAAUGCCCCGCUCUUCCCCGCCGCCACCAAAAACCUCAGCAUCGCGGAGCUGUCGCUGCCGGGGUCCCGCUUUCCGCUGGAGGGCGCGUCGGAUGCGGAUAUCGGAGCCAACGCGCAGCUCUCCUAUACCCUCAGCCCCAGCGAGCACUUCGCUCUGGAUUUGCAGCGGAGUGAAGAACAUCUUGAAUCGCUGUUCCUGGUGCUGACGAAAGGUCUGGACCGCGAGUCGCUGGCCGAGCACCGUCUGGUGCUGACGGCGAGUGACGGGGGCAGACCGUCGCUGACGGGCACGGUGGAGCUGGUGGUGUCGGUGCUGGAUGCGAACGACAACGCGCCCCAGUUCAACCAGUCGGUGUAUAAAGUGCAGGUGCCGGAGAACGCGGCAGAGGGAACACUGGUGGCGCACGUGGGUGCCACAGACCCGGACGAGGGAAUUAAUCACGAAUUCUUCUUCAGCAUUGUCAGUUCAGUUCCUGCUGCCAAGAGAGAUGUCUUUGGCGUUGAUCCGCAGACCGGAGAGAUCCGUCUCCAGGGCACUCUGGACUUUGAAGAAGUUCGCUUAUACAAGUUACAAAUCGAAGCGGGAGACAAGGGCGUUCCGCCAUUGUCAGGGCACUGCAAGGUAGUGGUGGAGGUGUUGGACGUGAACGACAACGCGCCCGAGGUGUGGGUGACGUCGCUGUCGGUGCCGGUGGCCGAGGACGCGUCGUUGGGGACGGUGGUGGCGCUGCUGAGCGUGUCGGACCGGGACUCGGGGUCGAACGGGCGGGUGCGGUGCGCGGUGUGGCCGCCGUCGCCGUUCGGGCUGGUGGCGACGUUCGCGGGCUCGUACUCGCUGGUGCUGCGGGAGGCGCUGGACCGGGAGCGGGUGUCGGAGUACGAGGUGGAGGUGCGGGCGGAGGACGGCGGGGCGCCGCCGCUGCGCGCCAGCCGCGGGCUGCGGGUGCCGGUGUCGGACGUGAACGACAACGCGCCGGCGUUCGCGCAGGCCGUGUACACGGUGCUGGCGCGGGAGAACAACGCGGCGGGCGCGGAGCUGGCGCGGCUGUGGGCGCGGGACCCGGACGAGGCGGGCAACGGGCGCGUGAGCUACUCGGUGGCGGAGGGCGGCGCGGGCGCGGGGUCGGGGUCGGGGUGGCGUCCGGCGUCGAGCUACGUGUCGGUGGACGCGGAGAGCGGGCGGCUGUGGGCGCUGCAGCCCCUGGACUACGAGGAGCUGCAGGUGCUGCAGUUCGAGGUGCGGGCGGUGGACGCGGGCGAGCCGCCGCUGUGCGGCAACGCCACGGUGCAGCUCUUCGUGGUGGACGAGAACGACAACGCGCCGGCGCUGCUCCCGCCUGCCGGCGGCGGGCCGGGGCCCUGGGCUGCGGGCGAGGCGUCGGCGUCGGCGUCGGCUUCGGCGCCGGGGUCGCUGUGGGCGUGGGCGGCGUGGGGGGCGCCGGCGGGGCAGGUGGUGGCGAAGAUCCGCGCGGUGGACGCGGACUCGGGCUACAACGCGUGGCUGCGCUACGAGCUGUGGGAGCCGCGGGGCAAGGGCCCGUUCCGCGUGGGGCUGUACAGCGGCGAGGUGAGCACGGCGCGGGCGCUGGAGGAGGCGGACGGCCCGCGGCAGCGGCUGCUGAUCGUGGUGCGGGACCACGGGGAGCCGUCGCGCUCGGCCACGGCCACGCUGAGCGUGUCGCUGGUGGAGGGCGCCGAGGCGGCGCUGGCGGCGGCGGGGGCGGUGUCGGCGGGGGCGGGGCUGCGGCCGGCGGCGGGCGCGGAGGGCGGCGCGGCGGCGGCGGCGGCGGCGGCGGCGGCGACGAACGUGUGGCUGGUGGUGGCCAUCUGCGCGGUGUCGAGCCUGUUCCUGCUGGCGGUGGUGCUGUACGGGGCGUCGCGCUGGGCGCCGCGGGCGGCCGUGCUGUCGGGGCCCGGUCCGGCGACGCUGGUGUGCGCCAGCGAGGUGGGCAGCUGGUCGUACUCGCAGCGCCAGAGCCGGAGCCUGUGCGUGGCGGACGGCGCGGGCAAGAGCGACCUGAUGGUUUUCAGCCCCAACUGCCCGCCGCCGCCCGGCCCCGCGGCAGAAAACGGUUCUGCCGAGAAGGGACCUUCGCUCUCCCCAUACUCUUCAGGCGCGCGGGCGGCGGCGGCGGCGGCCAUGUCGGUGUGCGUGCGGGCCGUGGUGCGGGUGCUGGUGCUGCAGGCGGCCUGGGCGCUGGGCGGCGGGCAGGUGCGCUACUCGGUGCCGGAGGAAGCCAAGGGCGGCACGGUGGUGGGGCGGCUGGCGCAGGACCUGGGCCUGGAGGCGGGCGAGGCGGAGGCGCGGCGGCUGCGGCUGGUGUCGCAGGGCCGGCGGGCGAGCGUGGAGGUGAGCGGGGCGAGCGGGGCGCUGGUGGUGAGCUCGCGGCUGAACCGGGAGGAGCUGUGCGGGAAGAGCGCGCCCUGCGCCCUGCGCCUGGAGGUGCUGCUGGAGCGGCCGCUGCGCGUCUUCCACGUGGAGGUGGAGGUCACCGACAUCAACGACAAUGCCCCGCUCUUCCCCGCCGCUCUGGUGAACCUCAGUUUAUCGGAAAACUCGACUCCCGGUUCCCGGUUCCCGCUGGAGGGCGCGUCGGAUGCGGAUAUCGGAGCCAACGCGCAGCUCUCCUAUACCCUCAGCCCCAGCGAGCACUUCGCCCUGGACGUGAAAUCUUCGGAUGAUGGUAGGAAGUCGCUGUUCCUGGUGCUGACGAAAGGUCUGGACCGCGAGUCGCUGGCCGAGCACCGUCUGUUGCUGACGGCGAGUGACGGGGGCAGGCCGUCGCUGACGGGCACGGUGGAGCUGGUGGUGUCGGUGCUGGAUGCGAACGACAACGCGCCCCAGUUCAACCAGUCGGUGUAUAAAGUGCGUCUGCUGGAGAACGCGGCCGAGGGGACGUUGGUGGCGCAGGUGAGCGCCACCGACCCGGACGAGGGAAUUAAUCACGAAUUUUCCUUUAGCAUCGUCAGUUCAGUUCCUGCUGCCAAGAGAGAUGUCUUUGGCAUUGAUCCGCAGACCGGAGAGAUCCGUCUCCAGGGCACUCUGGACUUUGAAGAAGUGCGCUUUUUCGAAUUACAAAUCGCAGCGAGAGACAAGGGCGUUCCGCCAUUGUCAGGACACUGCAGCGUGGAGCUGGAGGUGUUGGACGUGAACGACAACGCGCCCGAGGUGUGGGUGACGUCGCUGUCGGUGCCGGUGGCCGAGGACGCGUCGUUGGGGACGGUGGUGGCGCUGCUGAGCGUGUCGGACCGGGACUCGGGGUCGAACGGGCGGGUGCGGUGCGCGGUGUGGCCGCCGUCGCCGUUCGGGCUGGUGGCGACGUUCGCGGGCUCGUACUCGCUGGUGCUGCGGGAGGCGCUGGACCGGGAGCGGGUGUCGGAGUACGAGGUGGAGGUGCGGGCGGAGGACGGCGGGGCGCCGCCGCUGCGCGCCAGCCGCGGGCUGCGGGUGCCGGUGUCGGACGUGAACGACAACGCGCCGGCGUUCGCGCAGGCCGUGUACACGGUGCUGGCGCGGGAGAACAACGCGGCGGGCGCGGAGCUGGCGCGGCUGUGGGCGCGGGACCCGGACGAGGCGGGCAACGGGCGCGUGAGCUACUCGGUGGCGGAGGGCGGCGCGGGCGCGGGGUCGGGGUCGGGGUGGCGUCCGGCGUCGAGCUACGUGUCGGUGGACGCGGAGAGCGGGCGGCUGUGGGCGCUGCAGCCCCUGGACUACGAGGAGCUGCAGGUGCUGCAGUUCGAGGUGCGGGCGGUGGACGCGGGCGAGCCGCCGCUGUGCGGCAACGCCACGGUGCAGCUCUUCGUGGUGGACGAGAACGACAACGCGCCGGCGCUGCUCCCGCCCGCCGGCGGCGGGCCGGGGCCCUGGGCUGCGGGCGAGGCGUCGGCGUCGGCGUCGGCUUCGGCGCCGGGGUCGCUGUGGGCGUGGGCGGCGUGGGGGGCGCCGGCGGGGCAGGUGGUGGCGAAGAUCCGCGCGGUGGACGCGGACUCGGGCUACAACGCGUGGCUGCGCUACGAGCUGUGGGAGCCGCGGGGCAAGGGCCCGUUCCGCGUGGGGCUGUACAGCGGCGAGGUGAGCACGGCGCGGGCGCUGGAGGAGGCGGACGGCCCGCGGCAGCGGCUGCUGAUCGUGGUGCGGGACCACGGGGAGCCGUCGCGCUCGGCCACGGCCACGCUGAGCGUGUCGCUGGUGGAGGGCGCCGAGGCGGCGCUGGCGGCGGCGGGGGCGGUGUCGGCGGGGGCGGGGCUGCGGCCGGCGGCGGGCGCGGAGGGCGGCGCGGCGGCGGCGGCGGCGGCGGCGGCGGCGGCGACGAACGUGUGGCUGGUGGUGGCCAUCUGCGCGGUGUCGAGCCUGUUCCUGCUGGCGGUGGUGCUGUACGGGGCGUCGCGCUGGGCGCCGCGGGCGGCCGUGCUGUCGGGGCCCGGUCCGGCGACGCUGGUGUGCGCCAGCGAGGUGGGCAGCUGGUCGUACUCGCAGCGCCAGAGCCGGAGCCUGUGCGUGGCGGACGGCGCGGGCAAGAGCGACCUGAUGGUUUUCAGCCCCAACUGCCCGCCGCCGCCCGGCCCCGCGGCAGAAAACGGUUCUGCCGAGAAGGGACCUUCGCUCUCCCCAUACUCUUCAGGCGUGCUGGAAAACCAGAACACUCUUGGCCUCAUGUUUUUGGACAAAUGA